AUGCCGAUUUGUCUAUUGAGAACAAGUUUGCCCAGAACUGGAAUCCCGAAAGCAUUUGAGAAACACCUUUCAAAUAAAAUUGCCGAGAUGCUUGGAAAACCGAUCGAAAAAAUGAGUGUUAUUGUGCACAGUGACUUAGCCUUUUGUCGUAGUGGUAGCUAUGAUCCUGCAGCCUUCUUGGAGAUACGAGCUAUCGAUGUGAUUACUGCUUCUACAACACCUAAAUACACACAGAUCAUGGUGGACUACCUCAGUCUCAACCUAUCUCUGCCUAAGGAAAGAGUAUAUCUCCAGUAUGUUCCCCUUGACAAAACACAUAUUGGAUCUGGCGCUCCCUGA